GACUUAAAUGUUUAUUCUAAUCAUGUGCUUUUAUUCGCUAAUAGACAAUUCAGGUAAAAUGAUUGUAGCACACUCGUCUCACUUCUAUUUUUGUCUUCUCGUGACAUAAAAUUUAUUGUUUAAAUCUAAUGGCACUUGAUAUUAAAUUAGGUUGAGACUUUGUGAAAAUAAAACUUCCUUUUUCAUGUUUUUAGAGAAAAGUCCACCAGGAUUUGUGUGAUGUGAGAAUAUGAAGAAACUUCAGCUCUUGAUUUAUGUGUUUCUUAUUUUAUGGAAAUUUGAAGGAUUGAUCAUGCAAAAUGUAACUUUUUACAAUGAAAAAAAAUCAUGGAAAGAGGCUGCUAAUUUCUGUUCAAAAAAAGGUGGAGCACUGGAGAGUAACGUCACUUUAUUGUCAGAACACUUAAGGGGCAUUACACAAAACGGAGAACACGAAGACAUUUGGCUUGGCAAAAGCGAACUAUUAACCAAGUGGACAUAUGUUCUAGGAUGCUUUUACAUUUAUGGAGACUUCCAACACUUUGUAAUUGAACCACCUGAAACCGCAAAGCUAAAAUGCCAAAUGUUAUGUAAUAACUACAAAUUUUAUAGUAUCAACGGAAAAGAUUGUUAUUGUAUUGAAGAAAUACUGCCAUUCCACAGAGCCAAUAACUGUAAUUGUGUCGGUUGCUACAAAGUUUGGGAACAUCAACUUCCGAACUUCGGUUCUCUAGAUUCAAGCAAACAAUGCAUUGUUGCAACUGGGUGUGACGGUAAAAACCUCCAACGUAGUUAUGAAGAUUGCAACGAAAAUUACAAUGCUACCUGUGAUAAUGGUGCAAAACUUGAAUAUCAAAAAUAUCUGACAGCAGCAGAUGAAUGUGAAACACAAGGAUCUUUUAUAAAAUGGUAUCCAGACAAUUACUGUGUAACACAAACAUUAAAACAUCAACACUGGACAAAUGGGAGACGACAUAAGGAAACACUUCUUCUUAAAAACUCAUACGACACAGAAACCUUUCAACCUUUGAAAUGUUUUAAAUUGGACGAUGGGAGCGAAGAGCAGGAAGGUUGUAAUGACAAUAUCUCGUUUUUCUGCAAAUUCGGUAAGUAA